CAGCCGACCCCCCUGGCUGGCGUGCUCGCGGGGCUCCAGCUGCUUGCUAGCGGGUUGCCAUCGGGACGGGGCGCACGGCUGGGCUAGCAGCUCACUGCAGACGCGGGGGCGUCCGGCAGGCGCAGCCCCUCGCAGACGCUGUUUCUCCUGCUUCAGCUCGGGCCUCUCUCUGGGGAGACGCAGGAACUUUCUCUUCCUUGGCUUGGCGGCGGGGGCGAUGGCUCAUUCCCCGGGCACUUGCGGACAGGCGGCGCGUUGAGCGCCCUCCAUCUCCGGUGUGCGAUCGGCGCCCAGCCCUGGACGCGCAGGUCUUACAAAUUAAGAAAUUUUGGAGCUGCAGAAAUGGUUGGUCUUAGCUACAAGUGGGAAUUUGAAGUCACUCUGAAAUACAUCCUGGGAUAAUUGUAUUUGACUGGAACCAAAUCUUAUGAAAUCCCUAAGGUAUUACUGUUGUUUUGGAAUAGACCAUGCAACCACAGUGUGAACUGAAUUGUCUUAGAAUAACUAUUUUGACACUGUCCUUCCAUGUGAGAAUGAGAGUCUGUGCCAGGUCAGUGCUGCUGUCACACUGGGUCUUCCUGGCCUAUGUGUUAAUGGUGUGCUGUAAGCUGAUGUCUGCCUCAAGCCAGCACCUCCGGGGACAUGCAGGCCACCACCACAUCAAGCAAGGCACCUGUGAGGUGGUUGCGGUGCACCGAUGCUGCAACAAGAACCGCAUUGAAGAGCGCUCACAGACAGUCAAGUGCUCUUGCUUCCCAGGACAGGUUGCGGGCACAACUCGAGCUCAGCCUUCCUGCGUUGAAGCUUCCAUCGUGAUUCAGAAAUGGUGGUGCCACAUGAACCCGUGCUUGGAAGGAGAGGAUUGCAAAGUGCUGCCCGAUUACUCAGGUUGGUCCUGUAGCAGUGGCAAUAAAGUCAAAACCACAAAGGUAACGCGGUAGCAGAGACAGAGCUGUGUUUUAAUCCUGAAGGAGAUGCAUUUGAGUGCAGAGCACUCUCAUGUGGAUUACCAUCCUUGCUGGGAAAGAGUUUUGGAUGUCAGCAAAUUCACAUUUGUGAUACGAGGGUCAUGAGGAGUGGCAUUUGCCUAACCAUCCCUCCUCUCUCUGCUUCAUGAAUUUUAUUGUAUUGGGAUGCGACCACUGAUGCCACACAACUGUCAUCUGAUCUGAAUUCACCUCUGAGCUAUCCAGGAGGAGCAAAUCAGAGACAUCAAAGUAGAUCACCCAUAAGAGACCAUGUGGUCUUUAAUUUCUUUCAGCCUUUACAGAGGAUCAUGGACAUAUGUUUCCAAGGAUCCUCCUUCUAUUUCUCUUUUGAAUUUUUUCUUUAACAAUUGUAUUAAAGUGGUUUGAAAGGUAUUUAAACAACAAGAUUUUGGCAAAAAUAAUUGUUGGACUCCAGUUGACUGCUGAAUAAUAUUUAUUUUAUAAACCUUUAAGAAUAGAAGGACACAUUGGAGUUACUGUGUAUUCAUUUAUAUUUUUACUUUUGAUAAUUUAAAACUUUUGCCUUUUAGACUUCAUUGCUAGGUUAGCAGAAAUAAAAUGGGAGCAUUGUAACCUCACUUCCCAUUUGACUGAGUUGUAAAAAUGUAUUUCAGCUCUAAUAUUUUGCAAUCAAAGCUCAGUCAUGACAUAUUCACACAGAAAAAUAAUACUUUGGAGGAUUUUUAUGGCUUAUAUGUGUCACACAGGUAAACUGUUUUAAAUGUGAAGUAGUCUGUGUUUAGAUUAAGGGUGAUUUCUUAGAUCCAGUUUAUGCCAAAAUAUAUAAAAAUAUUUUGUUAACUUGUAGACAUGAGUCUUUUUUUUAAAGCUGAAUUUUUGGACUGUAAACCAUUUCUUCCCAGGUCUACUCUUUCCCCAUGUAUUUGUUAGCUAUUUUGUUUCUUUAAAUGUAAGUAGAACCUGAGUGAGUUUUUCUUGUUUUAAUGACUGCAACAGACAUGUCUCUGCAUAUUUGCAGAUGCUGUCAUGCAGAAAUGUCAAGCAGAUAAGGGAUUGCCCAGAUCUUAAAAGCAUAUUGUCAUUAAUGUACCUACUAGUAUAAUAAUAUGGGAAGGGCUUUGUAUAUUAAGAAUACAUAGAAGAAAACUUUCAGCAUUAAUUAUCCCUGUCCCAUCACAACUAGGGGGAUAAUGUUAUUUACAGUGAUAACAAUCAUUUGAUUUCAUUCUUGCAAAAUAUAUAGAAUAGGUGAUGUUCAUUUGCUACAUUCUAUUUGCAUUUGGCUGACUACCUACCAGAAUUAUUACUCCCACAUUAAUAGUAAAAACUUAAUUUUGCUGAUGGCA